AUGGCGCAGAAGUGCGUACACAAAGGCUGCGGCAAGUCCUUCUCUGACCCGGAGGAGCCUUGCGUGUACCAUCCUGGCCCACCCGAAUUCCACGAAGGCCAAAAGGGCUGGAAAUGCUGUAAGCCACGAGUGCUCACAUUCGAUGAGUUCAUGACCAUUCCGCCAUGCACGACCGGCAAACACAGCAUCGUCGACGACAGUCCCAAGGAAGAGCCGAAGCCUGGGUUGAGCGAGGAAGAGGUUGAGGCGAAGAUCAAGGCACAGCAAGAGAAGAAGGACUCCUUACCACCGCCAGUCGCUCGAGGUCCUGUAGCCACUGCAGCACCGCGUCCUACGGCAAGCCCAGCACCCCCAGAGGAAGAAGAAGAUGAUCCUGAGGCUGUGGUGCCAGACGGAGCCAGCUGUAAGCGUCGAGGAUGUGGUGCAUCGUUCAAAUCAGGGCAGGACAGAGACGAGGAACAAUGCGUACACCACCCAGGACAAGCGCUCUUCCACGAAGGCAGCAAAGGCUGGACAUGCUGUAAGCGCCGAGUGUUGGAGUUUGACGAGUUUAUGAAGAUUCAGGGCUGCAAGACAAAGUCUCGACAUUUGUUCGUGGGCAAGCAGAAGGACCCAGACGAGGAGGAGAAGCUGAGCGAGGUCCGAAACGACUUCUAUCAGACGGCCACCACGGUCAUCGCGUCGCUGUACCUGAAGAAGAUUGACAAGGAUCGAUCGAAGGUUGAGUUCUCAGCGGAUGGCGCGAAAGUGGAAUUGGACUUACACACCGGCGACAACAAGCGAUACCAGACCUCAAUGUCACUCUUCGCUGCCAUCAAACCGGACGAGAGCAAGUUCAAGAUCAUGGGCACCAAGCUGGAGCUUACUCUCGCAAAGGCAGGCGGCUCAGGCUGGCCUGUUUUGAGAGCAGAUGAUCCUCACACUGGAGAGAUCAUUCAGGCAGGUCGUGCAGGAAGAGCAUAA